CAAUUUUGCGAAGACAAAGGCAAUACAUGCACUGCAAUACAUCAUUGUCUUCGUCACUUCGAAAAAUCGAAGACGGUGAAUUGGACAGUAAAUUGGACAAUUCGGUCACGUCUUGGUUAAUUUGAGAAAAAGAGGCAAAACAAAAUCGUAAAAAAUUACAGAAUUAUGAAAAAGUGUUUUGUGCUUGGAUAUUUUAGUAAAUAAUAUUAAAUUCAUGCCAAACGCAAAAUAUAUUGUCUUUUUAUUUGUCUGGACGCCUACUAUACACAAUUUGACGACUAAUACAUAUUCUCAAUUGUCUUGCCUCGAAUUGUCUUAUGUAAACGCAGCGUAACCCAGAGAAGCAAUUGGAGUAAAUGAUUGCGCUGUUAUGACGUUUUAAAAAUUAGCCCAAACGCGUUUGAGGCUGCGUACGCGACGGCCACACAAAAUUAUUGAAAAGCAAUUCUUGUGCAAAAGUGAAGUUGUUGGCACAAAUGACUACUAGUCUGCAAUUAUACUAUACACUAGGGCUAAGUAUCAGCUUGGUUGUUGUGACUGCAGUUGAAACUACUAACGUCCACCUUUACGCGUCGAUCCCAACAAAUGGGAGCUUCUGGCAGUCUCCUCUUGGCAGGGGCCUGAACGUGCAGGGAUCCCUGGACCAAAUAUCUACAUUAAUUGGACCAACGCCACUAGGAAGUAGCUUCACUCGCACAAUCUCAACGGCGUACGGAAACUCGCUACCCACUGGCGGCGUGGGUGAAGGUUACAGUGGAAAUGAAGUCGUUGGGCCAACACCGACAACGCACGUUACGGAAUCUUUUCAGAUCGUAAAUGAGUGGAAAUAUUUAGAUUUCGAAUACCCAACAUACGCACUACGUCAGCAAGCCAUUUCAAAUCGUGAUUUUGUGCCAGAGAACAAUCUGCCUUUGGGGAUCGAUGUGUUCGGCGACCGGAUGUUCAUAACUACUCCACGAUGGAAGGAUGGCGUUCCCGCUAGUCUUAACUAUCUCCCAUUUCCCACAAAAGAACGGAGUCCUGCCUUACGCCCAUAUCCCGAUUGGAAUGCUCAUAGCGCUGUUCAACAACCGAACUGCGCCAAACUCAUAUCCGUUUACCGCAGCUCGAUCGAUGUUUGCGGCCGUUUGUGGUUAAUCGAUUCGGGCAUCGUAAACGCUACAGUAAACUUAAACCAGAUUUGCCCACCAAAAAUCGUCGCUUUCGAAUUAGCUACCGAUGAAAUGGUGGUCAGCUUUACACUACCGCCGGAGCAAGUCAAACAGGACUCAUUGCACUCGAAUAUUUUGGCCGAUGUGCGCGCGAGUCAAUGCGAUGAUGCCCACGUCUAUGUUACGGAUGUUUGGCGCUUCGGAAUAGUCGUCUACAGUUUGGCCAAGAAUCGCAGUUGGCGAGUUACGAACUACAAUCUUAAUCCGAAUCCGGUUGCAUCUGAUUUUAAUGUUUAUGGACUGAACUUCCAGUGGUUAGACGGUGUAUUUGGUAUGAGUUUGUCCUUGGUGCAGCACAACAAGUCUACGCUGUAUUUUCAUCCAAUGGCUAGUUUUAAGGAGUUUGCUAUUUCUACAGACCUUUUACGAGACGAGAGCCUGUGGCCAGCGCGUGCUCAGGAGGUAGCCAAACAUUUCGUCGAAAUCGGCGAUCGCGGACCCUUAAGCCAGUCGUCUGCAGCCGGUAUUGCUCGAAACGGAGUUAUGUUCUACACACAGGUGCAUCAGGAUAAUAUCGGUUGUUGGGAUACCGCGAAGCCAUAUGUGCGUGGCAAUUUAGCAAUGUUGCUAAGCAGCAGGCAAACAUUGGUGCAGUUCCCCAACGAUAUGAAGAUUGACCAGGAACCCCAGCAGGGUGUCUGGGUGAUGAGCAAUCGCCUCCCGAUCUAUCUCUACGGUCAGCUGGAUUACAGCGAUAUUAAUUUCCGUAUUUUGCGCGCAGAAGUGGAAGAAGUCAUUCGCAACUCCGUGUGUGACCCGAAAGUAAAGGAAGUGCACGCUGACAUCCCCGUUGUGGUGGAGUUACACGAGGGACAAUGUUACUGAGUUUUUAGUUCUAUUUUUUGCCAAACUUAUUUUAUAAAAAUUCGAAUUGCAAAUCACAUUAAAAAUGUUUAAUAAAGUAAUGAAUAUGAAGAAAAUGCA